AUGUUCUAUAAGCUUUUUUUUCACCCUAACAUCAACAGCAAUGGUAGCAUCUGUCUUGACAUUCUCAAAGAGCAAUGGAGCCCAGCCUUGACAAUAUCCAAGGUUCUUCUUUCUAUUUGCUCUCUGCUUACUGAUCCAAACCCAGAUAAUCCUCUUGUGCCUGAGAUUGCCCAUAUGUACAAGACUGACAGAGCCAAAUAUGAGAGUACAGCUCGAUCCUGGACUCAGAAAUAUGCCAUGGGUUAGAAGAUGAAUUCCUUGAUAAUAAGGUCAUAGUCAUUGCAGUCCUAUUAGUAAAUAAUAGAAAUAAGUUUGUCCAGAGAUUAAUUAUUUGUUUCUUUUUGUCAUACUUUGUUAUUGAAGUUUUAUGUGGGUUACUUUUAAAUUUCAGAUAGGUCUUUUAAACUUAA